AUGCGACAUAGUGGCGGCCUCUAUCCGGCCCUCACCCUAAGUUUGGACAUUCCUUUUUGUCAUGACCAAAACAUCUCACUUGUGACCAGACUAUUAACUCCACACCUCCUAAUUUUGCAUUUCAGUCUCAUGUCCGGUCUGUCAGCCAUGGACACGAAGGCCAGCGGCCGGCUGGGUGUCCUGACCAUCACUUACUACCUAUGGACCACUUUCAUCGCCGUCAUCGUAGGCAUUGUGCUCGUCCUCAUCAUCCACCCGGGGGUGGGCACAGAGAAGGACAGCCACCACGCCAGCUCGGGGCCUGUGAUGACUUCGGCUGAUGCUCUGCUGGACCUCAUCAGGAACAUGAUCCCUUCCAAUCUAAUUGAAGCAACCUUCCAACAGUACCGAACAGACCUAGUGCCCAUCGUGCAGAGUUCCAACGCGAAGGAAUCACAAGCCAACUACGUCUACGUCAUGCCCGACUAUCACAAUCCCCGCCUGGGCCACCCAGUCUUUCUGGACAUCACCCCAGCGCCGGACAUCAACUACAAGAUCGUGCCCAGUACCAGCAAGGGCAUGAACGUACUGGGGAUCGUCAUCUUCUCGGCCACCAUGGGGCUGCUCCUGGGAAAGAUGGGCGAACGUGGCGCGCCGCUGGUCAAUGUGUGCCAGUGCAUCAACGAGUGCGUCAUGAAGAUCAUUAACGCGGCCAUGUGGUAUUUCCCCUUUGGCAUCGUGUUCCUGGUGGCAGGGAAGAUCCUGGACAUGCACGAUCCGGCCCACCUGGGAGAAAAACUGGGCAUGUACUUCAUCACGGUCCUGUCCGGCCUGUUCGUGCACGGCCUCAUCUUGCUGCCCCUCUUCUACUUCUUCUUCACGCGCAAAAACCCAUUUCCCUUCAUCAGGGGCCUCCUGCAGGCUCUGGUCAUCGCCUUGGCCACGUCUUCAAGCUCGGCCACUUUGCCAAUCACCAUGAAGUGUCUGCUGGAGAACUGUGGCGUGGACCGUCAAAUUGCUCGCUUCGUGUUGCCCGUGGGAGCCACCAUCAACAUGGACGGAACGGCCCUAUAUGAGGCGGUGGCUGCCAUUUUCAUCGCUCAAGUCAACGAAUACGACUUGGACUUCGGUCAGCUGGUCACCAUAAGCAUCACGGCGACAGCAGCGAGCAUCGGUGCGGCUGGAAUACCUCAAGCUGGUCUGGUUACCAUGGUGAUCGUCCUGACCUCUGUGGGCUUACCGCCUGCGGACAUAUCUCUGAUCGUGGCCAUCGACUGGGUUCUCGAUCGCUUCAGGACGAUGAUAAACGUCCUCGGUGAUGCCUUAGCAGCCGGUAUCAUGGCACACGUAUGCAGGAAGGACUUUGAGAAAGCCGCCGCCACACCGGGGGUCGCCACAGAUGUCAACGUCCCCACCAUCGUCAAUAAUGGAGGAUCAUCAAAACGGAGAGACACGGUGAUCUCCGUAGGCAACCAGAGCGUGACGCUGUCCGACGCACCCCUGAUCGCGCACCGCUGUGAUUUUAUGUUUGAGGUGGAUGGUGACAACAUCUUGGAGAAACCCGUGGCCUGCUACAACUUAUGCCAAGUUUGAGCCAGCCUUCCACGGACUAAGCACUCAGCUCACCGAGAGACCGUGUUAAACUCAGGAUGCAGCUUUUCAGUUCCUUUGCCAGUGCCAAGACAAAACAAAAAAAACCUUCACGACUUGAUGUACAUCGCGCUGUAGGACUCGUAACGGAUUCCGUCUGUGGGCACCGAUUCGAUGAACGGCGAGUGUCGCUUAAGACUUCUUGCAGGCUUGUCCUGAUGACGAUCGAGACUCCAAUCCGGAUGCCUUAACAUGAUCGGUCGUGCUGAGAUGGCAGCAGCUCAUGAACGUCACAUUGGUCAAUGGGCUUUGACUCAAAGCGCUUUCAAACCGUAUGCUCAUUUGAUGACACAGCAUCUUGCUCAAGGACACUUCGACAUGGUCACAAUGACCAGGGAUCGGAACCCCACACCUUCAGGUUGGGAGAUGAGCGCUCGACGACUGAGCCAUGCCACCCCAACAUUGUCAAUUCAACCUCAUGUAUAGAUAAAACAAAAAAAAAAAAAAAUAGUAAUUAUAUCCGAGGAGUCACUGUCAUGUCUUUUUUAUACCAAUGUCAAUGUUUUUUUUUUGUGUGUGUGCUUGUUUUCCAAUUAAAAGUUGGUUCACUCCA